GGCAGCAACACACCACCUGCGCAUCCUGUCUGUUAAACCAUAGAAGAAGAUCCUGGCGCUGCUUCCCGUUAACACUUCUGAGCUACCACACCACAUCAUAAAAAUGCCAAAAUCCAAGGAAGUUCUGUCCUCCACGUCUGGAAGUGACUCUGACAGUGAAGUCGAGACUAAGGCAAAGAGAAAGAAGUCAAGUCCACCAGAGAAACCGACCAAAAAACCAAAAAGUGGUGAGAGUUCGAAGCCGGGCGGGUCAUCCAGAGGCGGCGGCAGUGGGGACGACAACAUGUUCCAGAUUGGUAAGAUGAGGUACGUCAGCGUCCGAGACUUCAAGGGUAAAGUCCUGAUUGACAUCAGAGAGUACUGGAUGAACCAGGAUGGGGAGAUGAAGCCAGGGAAGAAAGGAAUCUCCCUGAACCCUGAACAGUGGAACCAGCUUAAAGACCAGAUAUCAGAGAUUGAUGACGCCAUCAAGAGAACAUAAUCAUUCCUGUUUCCUGUUGAUCUGAGUGGACUGGUUAGUUUUGUAAAACCAGUAACUGUUUUGGUAAGGCCUGUUUGUAGCUGCUAGGUUUAGUUGUUUCUGUGUGGGUUAGUGGAGGUGUGGGAGGAAGAGGAG